AUGGACACCACAUUUGAUGAAGAUCAUUUCUUUACCACUCUAUUGCAAAGUGGUGAACAAGGGAGAUCCACAACCGUAAUGGCUAGUAGCCAUGAUAAUGUUGGACUCCAAGCAACACUAUUGGAAGGUGAAAAAAGGCCACCUAGUAAGAAAACACAACGAGGUGUGUCUUUCACCGUAGAGGAGGACAAUCUCCUCGUGUCGGCUUGGCUCAAUAUUAGCAUGGAUGCUAUACGGGGGACGGAUCAAAAAUAUUCUCAAAUGUGGGAGAGAAUUAGCAAUUAUUACAAUGAGCAUAAAAAUACUAGCAUGGCAAAUCGUUCUGGGGGGUCAUUGACCAAUCGAUGGUCGGUGAUCCAAAAAUGCACAAAUAAAUUUUGUGCUGCUGUGGCUCAAGUAGAAUCUUUGCAUCCAAGUGGUGCGACAGAGCAGGAUAAGAUUGAAAGAGCUAAAAUCAUGUACAGAGAGACUGAGAAGGCCACAUACAACAUGGAACAUUGUUGGUGUCUAUUGAGACACCAACCAAAAUGGCAGCAACACGUGUCCAUGUUGUCAACUAAAAGGAAACCACAUGGGAAACGCCCUGCUAUGGCAGAGUCGACUCCACUAGGAGACGACACGAUAGAUGACAACGUAGAGGUCAUUUUUGAAAGGCCUCCAGGCAAGAAGGCUGAGAAAGAAAGGGAGAGAAAAAGGAAGGCUGCAGAAUCUUACGAUGCAUAA